CCUUCCUGAAAUAAAAAUUCACAAAUUUCUUGCUUUUUUCACCAUUUUUUAAAUUAUAAAUUCACAAUCCAUAACUGCCUCCGCCCGCUAAAGUACGCCGGUAGUUUGUUGCUAACCUACGCCGAUAACCGUUUGUUUCUACCUCUAUACUUUUAUUUCUACUUUACCUUUUGACGAUCGUUCAUCUGCUAUUCAGAUUGAAGAUCAAUCGACUGAAGAAUUCACACAACAACAAGAACGACGUCGUCUUUGUUCUCCUCGUCUUACUAACUCAGAUCGCGAAGAAUGGCAAACAUGUUAAGAAGAUGGCGUGGUCAAAACCAACGCGAAUGUGAGCCCGUGGAUCAUGAUAAGAUGAUCAAAGACCUUAGGACUGCUAUCGGGCCCCUAUCUGGGCGUGCCAAAAAGUUCUGUACGGAUGCAUGCUUAAGAAGGUACUUAGAAGCUCGAAACUGGAAUCUUGAAAAAGCUAAGAAGAUGUUGGAGGAAACGCUUGAAUGGAGAUCAACCUAUAAACCUGAGGAAAUUCGUUGGGAUGAAGUAGCACAUGAAGGAGAAACCGGUAAAGUUUCAAGAGCUAAUUUUGUUGAUCGAUCUGGAAGGCCCGUCCUCAUUAUGAGGCCAGGGAAGCAGAAUACUAAAACAGGUGAUGGAAAUGUUCGUCAUCUAGUAUAUCUGAUUGAAAACGCGAUUUUAAACCUCCCCAAAGGCCAAGAACAAAUGACUUGGUUGAUCGAUUUCACAGGAUUUUCGAUGAGCGCAUCAAAUAUUCAGAUGAAAACAUCUCGGGAUAUUGUGAACGUGCUACAAAACCAUUACCCCGAGAGACUUGCCAUUAUCGUUCUCUACAAUCCUCCAAAAAUAUUUCAACCAUUUUUUAAGGUUUUAAGUUACUUCAUAGACCCGAAGACAUAUCUCAAGAUAAAAUUUGUUUACCCGAGUGAUAAAGCUAGUAUCGAGGUUAUAAAGUCGUAUUUUGAUACUGAAAAUCUUCCAAGCGAGUUUGGAGGAAAUGCUAACUUCAACUUGAAAUAUGAUCAUGAAGAGUUUUCAAAACUAAUGGCUGAGGAUGAUAUCAAAACCGCGAGGUUCUGGGAUUCUGAGAGUGAGCGGGUUGAGGAGACAAACGCGAACGCUCAUUGUGUCACGCCUUUAGAGCCCGAAACGCUGUAACACGGUGAAUUUGUGAUGGUAUGAAGAAUAUAUAUAUAACUUGUAUUGCAUUUGUACAAGGGAAAUGAUUCAUAACUUCCCCUGCUGCUACAAAUGUACAUUUCAGUUUUUUUUUUCUUUUUCUUUUUUGUACUAUCAUAAAUAAUGGGUAUCCAGGGUGUGAAUGACAAGGGGUUGUAAACCGUUGAAACCGACUGAACCGAUUUCAUAUUAAUAUAUUUUGUUCCAUGGUUUACGGUUUGAUAAAACCAGGUUUAAAAAGUGAUAGUUCCGCAAA